AUGACAAUAGAUACCAGUGAAAGAGCUGCAUUAUUGGAAGUGGUCAGUUCUGCCCCGACUGAAGAUAUCAUAUUGGAAGAAGCCAAAACAAAAUUAAUUAUGGAACUAACAAACGAUAUUAAUGAAGCAAAAUCAUUGGAAGAAUUAAACAUAAUUAAAAAAAAUCUAAUUCCCAUAAGACCAACAUUAAAUGCUUUUCGGGCUCAUGCUUUAUCUUCCUUUCCAUCAACCAGCAGGAAUGAACUGGAUCAGGUGGCUUUGGAGUGGAAUACUCACAAAAUAAGGGGAACAAAAAAUUCUAGAACGCCAGUUGGUAGACCAAUAAUGAUGUUUCAAAUACCAAGUUUGUAUGACGCAGAAGACAAAUUAGUUGCAGUUCCCCAGGAAAUUUUAAAUUGUUUGAAUGAAGAGUGUCUUUUUUACGGUACAAACUGUGACAAAGAUGUUUCGGACUUGUGUAAAGAAUUGAUUUUGGAAUAUGGGUUUGAUACUGAUUGUAAAGAUCCUUACGAUGCUUUUAGACUGUACAAAAAGUUAAGAUCGCAAAUUUAUAAUUUAUUGUAA